AUGGAUGAAGAAUAUCGUUGGUUACUUUACCAGCAAAUAAUUUAUAGAAUAAACAAGGAAGAAGAUGAAAUUAAAUUAAAAGAAGAUUAUGAUGGACUUGAAAUAUAUUCUGAAAAAAGAAUUUCUUUGUCACUUUUGUUGACAGAAUUUUAUAAAUUUGAAAAAGAAUUUUUGGAAUAUUCUAAACAAACAGAUAUUCAAAAAGGAAAUUUAUUUAAAAAAGCUGAGGAAUUUGUUAAAAUUUUGAGAAAAAAUAUUUUUGAAAAUUUUGAAAAUUUGUGGAUAGUUUGUUUAAUUAUUAGAAUUAAUAAUGAUUUAAAAACUAUAAGAAUAAAAUCAGCCAAUAAUAUUUUAAAUAUUUUAUCCUCUUAUGAUAAGAAAUUGAAGAUGAAUUUAAAUCAAUGUAAAAUAAAAACUGAAGACAAAAUUGUUAGGUAA